AUCGGUCGACCAAUAUUGUUGCUGAAUGGCGACCAAAAAUUGCUUACAUCAAUUUUUGCAAAUAGAUUAAGUAAUAUAAUCCCAGAUAUCAUCAACUCUGAGCAAAUGGGUUUUGUGUCCAGCAGGCUUCUGAGCGAUAAUGUUAGGCAAACGUUUAAUGUGAUUGGCGCAGCGGUCUAAGGCACUGCAUCUCCGUGCAAGAGGCUUCACUGCAGUCCCUGGGAGUCCCAUACGGAGGCGCUCAUUUGGCUCUACAUUGUCCGGGGUAGGCCGUCAUUUGUAGAUAAGAAUUUGCUCUUAACUGACUUACCUAGUUAAAUUCAUAGAAAUAAAUAAUGGAAUGGAACACGCUCAAGAAAAAACUAAUUGCUUAUGCUAACUCUAGAUGCAGAAACAAAUAAUGCUUUAGUGAAACUUUCCUGAACUUUCUGCAAAUGAUGUACAAAACACCAAAUGUCAGAAUAAGGGUAAAUGGUACAUUAUUCUCUAGAGUUCCCGCCACUAUGGAUGAAAUAAAACAAUAGUGUUGUAUCUGGAUACAAACUAAAUACUGGGAAGUCAGAACUAAUUACUGUCAACCAAUAUCAAUCAGGUCAACCAAUAUCCCAAGACAUCAAAACUAAGUUUCAACUUAAAUGGGAUCCAAAUAAACUGAAAUACUUAUUGAUUACUAUUCCCCAAGACUUGACUUUGCAAUUCUGGGAAACCAGUUAAACAGGACCUACCUACAAAUAUGGACAUUAACAAUAACAGGAAGAAUUUAAACUAUUAAAAUUAAUGUCCUCCCAAUAUUUUUUAUUCCUGUUCCAGAAUCUAUCAAAAACUAUUACUCCAAACACUUUUAAAAAGUGGUAUAAACUCCUGAGUAAAUCCAUAUGGAGAGGAUUAACAGUCUGUGUCCAACUUAAAACAAUCAAACAAUGUAAAUAAGCAGGGGGACUAGCAUUACCAAACCUAAUGAAUUAUUAUAUAGCUGACCAACUAAAAAUAUUUUUGUUUGUUUGGAUAAACCGGGUAUCAUUAGAUGUUCACAGACAAUGGGAUAGAUACAUUUGAGUACCUAUAUAAAGAAAAUACAGCCCCCAGAAAUCUAUUUUAUAAUUACUUACAAGUGAGAAGUUCUUACUAAAGCAGUGAGACCUAAAAAAAUCAGAGAACAUCGCUGGGUUCGUGAGAGUCUCCCCUUUCCAUAGAGUAGUAAUAGUUUGUAGGCCGUUCGGACGCUACAGACGUUUUCGUGAGAAGACAGAUUUUUGGGAUGUCUCGUGGUCUGACAAACACAGCUAUAGCUCCGGUCACCUUCCACCGCAGAUGAGGAAGGCCGACAUAGUCGGAUGCGGUGGAUUGCGACGCAGGCCAUGCAAAAAUACUGAUAUCUCUAGUUUAAACGGACAGGGGUCAUCUGUUCAUUAGGGACAAAGCAACACAGUGCCAAAGAUGACGGGUGAAUCGGGAAAUGACGGACAGACUCCAGAGGGAGACCCGGAGCCGGAAGAGGCGGAGCGGUGUCCUAUCUGCCUGGGUGCCCUGGGCCGCUGUGUCCUGGCCAUGCCUGACAGCUGCUGCCAUGUAUUCUGCCUCAGCUGCCUCCUCAGAUGGGCAGAGUUGCAGGCAGUUCCAUCCUGCCCAGUGGACAGGCAGCCUUUCAAUGUUGUCUACAAACGUGACGCUGUGCUGGGAUGUGUGACGGUUCCUGUGAAGAAGAGAGUCAGCCAAUCAGAGCCAGAGAAGUGUGGCUGCACAGACCCAGAAGCCAGUGGCUGUUUGUUAAAGAAACAAGGAGGAAGAUGGAGGAGAACGAAGACUGAGAGGACAUCAGAAGCCAAAGGCCUUAUUCGGAAAUGCAGCGAUGAUGACCCCUCUGUGUUGAGCAAGAAGAAGGUGAGAGGACCUCUGUGCUCUUGGUCUGCGGCCCAGACAGGCACAGCAAUGGGGACUAUGACACAGUGCAUUGCAGAACCCCUUUGGGUGUCCGAGGAGGAGCUUGAGGAUGACUGUAAACAGUGUAGCCGCAAAACACAGGAUUGCCCAUUUCUGCCUGUUGCUGUACCCGUUCCUGCCAGUGGCAACUCGAGGCAGUUGUUCCAUCCCACUGAGUGGAGUAGCAGCCCCUUUCCUCUGAGACCCCUCUCACCGUUCUCUACUAUUGCUUCACCUCUCGGCUCGGGGCAUUUUGUCUUUCAGGGAAGAGUUUGCGCAGUCACCUGCCCCAAAGGAGAGGAGAAGAAGGGCACCUGUGGAUCUGGCUCCAAAGGCCCCUCCAAACAGACAGAGACCCUGACGACUAGGCGCUCUGGCCGCCAUAGCAGGGCUGAGGAACAAGCUCCUACACAAGACCUUGCAUCUUCGCAGUCCCACUCUUCAGAUUCCGACACUUCCACAAACCCACCCACAAAAGCGGGCAAAAGCACUGCAGCUGCUGGUAAGAGGAAAGGCAAACGGGCAGCUCAGCAAAAGCCCAGCGCCAAGAGGAAAGCCCCAGCUAGUAAAAAGGCAUCCAAAGUCGUUCUCAGUAGCCCAACAGGAAGUGAGGAAGAAGAGGAAGCCAAAGAGAAGGAGGAGAAAUUAGAACAGCAGAGGAAAGAGGUAGAGGAAAGGGAGCAGCUCUCAGACACUGCAGUGAGCCCACAGGCUGUGCAGCGCACCUCCAGCCCUACCGAGGAGGAAGGCCGUCCCGAACCUUUUGCUUGUGAUGCUCUGAAGGACCAGCCAUGCGAAGAUGAUGAUCUUUCUGAAGAAGAGAAUUGUGGGAAGGAGGAUGGUGAGGAAGAGGACCAGAAAUCACCGUCGUCAGAUGUAGAGCUGAAUACCCCUGGGCUCUCCCCCGACAGGGACCAAGGUGCAGGGGAGAAACACUCGGACCAAAUAGAAGAUCCAGAGAAAAGCAUCUCACCCACCUCUUCCAACUCACCAGAGAGACCAUUGGAGAGCCCCCAGUCUGGGCAGUCAGGACAACUUGGGAAGGAUGAUGCUGAUGCUGUGGAAGCCACUGCCAAUCCAACAGAAGUGAAAUCAGAUGAUGAAGCCUCGGUGGAGGAGGAGAAAGCAGAGGCCUCUCCCUGCCCUACUGCAGAGCCUGAAUCUUGCGCUGGCUCUACUCGUUGUGACUCUCCAGAUGGGAAUGCGUCCCAGAAAGUUUCAGGCACCUCAGAAGCAAAAGUGUCCGAGGAGGACAGUCAUGAUCCAAAGGAUGUCAAAAAUGAAAAACCAGCAGCCGGCAGCAAAGAGGACGGUCUGUCUGAGGAUGACACAGAAGCAAUACCGAUAGACUGUGAUUCACCCAGCAGUGAGUGCAGCACCAACCUGGCCUCUGAUCCACUAAAAGAGACUGAAAGUGCAGCUCACGAGUCUACAACCCAGGCCCCGGAAGACAAGAGGAAUGGUAGCAGGCAGGAGCGGGAGAGCUCGGUCGGAGAGGAAAAGGUAGAGGAAAGGAAGAAUGGCAGGCAGCGCAAGUCGCGCUUCCACUCUGCUGCUACCACUUGGUCUCCCAAGAGAGAGUCGAAGCAGGAUUCGUCGAGGAGGUCACGUUCCAGAUCUCGGGAGCGCAACAAGGAGCGCCAGGCCUCGGGCAGCCCCCCCUCCAGUCGCAGCAGGGAACGGGACACUGAGAGGGACGCCCCCAGGAUGGGCCGUAGCCGUGACCAUAGCCGUGAGAGGAAAAACAGGAAGCGCUCUAAGAGUCGUUCCAGAUCUAGUUCCAGGUCCAGAAACAGGUCCUACCGAAGAGGGUCAUCCCCGGAGCGCCCGGACUCAGGGGGCCAGUCACCACGGAAGAGAGAUCGCUGGACUGGAGAUGGAUGGAGGGCUGGGCCGGGUAGCGACUCCUCUCGAAGGAAUUUCCCAGAGAGGCCAGCCAGAGACACGGGCCGCUCUGAAAACGGUGGCUUUGCAGAUGUUUCCCCCAGCAGGGAAAAUCCUGACUGGGUUAUGGAGAAGGCGCGUGCUGACACAGAGGCCAGGGUGACAAGUGGCCCUCGCUGGGAAGAUAAAAGCUGGUGCGGAGAUCGUGGACGAGGCACAGGACGAGGCCGGGGCGCCUACGGAACCUCCAACCAACAGGGGGAGCAGGCAGAAAACCGCUGGAAGCCCAGAAACACAUUCUCAGGGACCUCAAACAAUUCAGGGAACGACGCAUACAGCCGAUUCAACGAGAACCGUGGCGGCUGCAGGAAGGAGCCUGAGAUGGGCGAAUCGAUGAUGGACCGCUCCGGCUGGUCAUCAGCUUCCAGCUGGGCUGUGCGGAGGACACUCCCGGCAGACGUGCAGAACUAUUACUCCAGGAGAGAUCGAGGGGGAGGUGCAGGCUCUGGCAGCUGGAGCAGGCAGGAGGAGACGUCAACAGCAGACCCAGCUCAGAGUGAGACCAAUGCCCAGCCCAAUGCCCAAGGAGAAGCUCCACCCGCCCUGAACGUCAUGCCUCCCCAACUGAACGUCCUGCAUUACCCAAUGGGCCCGCGAGGCCCACCUGUCAGCCUGCAACCACCCCCCUUCGGGAUGCCUCCUCAGGUCCCCAUGCACCACCACUCCUCAGUGCCUCUCCUGCAGGUCCCUGUGACAGCUGCCCAGGGCCUCCCGCCACCACCUCCACCACCACCUCCCAUGCAGCAGAGCAGCAUGACGGCCAUACAGGCAGAUAGCCGCACAACACAGAUGAUGAGCAGCAUGGCAGGCCAUGGCAAAGCCCCCUUCAUGACCAAAGUAGGUGGUGCCACCACAGCCCAGGCCCACAGCAUGGCCAUGCCAUCCUCCACCACCCAACAUAGCAGGGCCGCCCCCCCAGACAGCUCCAAGAAAGAAAAGAAACAACAGAUCCAUGAGAGAGCUGUCAAUGAAGUGAAAGCAGCCAUGAAACCCUACUACCAAAACAAGGACAUCACCAAGGACGAGUACAAGGAGAUUGUACGCAAAGCUGUUGAAAAAGUCUGCCACAGCAAGAGUGGAGAGGUGAACUCUGGGAAAGUGGCAAACUUGGUGAAGGCCUACGUGGACAAAUACAAACACGCUCGCAAGAAAUGAACCCUGACAUCUGCUGAGGGGGAAACGGUCUCAGCCCAUCUGCUUAAGUGCAAUUUCUACCAGGUGUAACAGCCUCCCAGCUGACAGACUGGAGCCCGACUUUUGAUAUCUCUUACCUUGAAUGAAGAUUUUUCUAUAGAUUUCAUAUUUUGUUUAGAAAUAAUCCAAUCGGAAACUGUAGUGUGAGAAGACCGUUAUUUCAAGCAGAUCUUGUGGCUUGGGAACUACUAUGAGAUAGAUGCCCAGAGUAGCUGGAGCAGUAAGGUUAGCACCUGUUCUCUGGUUAGAUGGACAUGGUGCUAUGGGUAGUACAGAGCAGAGCACCCUCUCGUGGAGCCAGCUGGUAUGAUGAAUUUCUCCUUCUCCACCGGGGACCUCCUAAUUACUUCUUAGUUAAAAAGUAUUGUCAUUGUUUCUCAUUUUGUUUUUGUUUUAUAAAUAUUAUAUUAUGAUCAUUCUGGAGAAAGCCUAGGUAAGUGCAUUGCCUUUAUGACUGUCUAGGCUGCAUCACACGUGCAGCCCAAUUCUGAUCUUUUUCCACUAAUUGGUAUUUUGACCAAUCAGAUCAGCGCUGGGAAAGAUCUGAUUGGUUAAAAGACCAAUUAGUGGGAAAAAUAUCAGAAUGCAUCCUUAGUCGUCACAGCUCAAAGCUUGUAGACUGGAUAUGUCUGAGUGUAAUUGUAUCAGGGACUUCAUUGGUUGAGAGUUGGAGAUGAGUUGUCCAAUCAGCAGUGAAUUUGUAGCGUAAGGUAUGGGUCUGGCAGAUCAGGUGAAAAUGGCCAUGUCCCUUACUUGUUAAAUGUGCUGCGAAAUAACCAGAGAGCAAUGAAAUAAAUGAGCUGCUUCA